UGACCCCCUCCCCCUCCCGGCAGAUCCGCGGCGCCCUGACUGGUGGCCGCCAUGGUGAACCACCGUAUCCCGACGGUGCGUCGGAAGACGUACACCACUCCGCGCCGGCCCUACGAGAAGACCCGGCUCGAUCAGGAGCUGAAACUCAUCGGAGAGUACGGACUCAAGAACAAGCACGAGGUGUGGCGCGUCAAGUACACGCUGGCCCGCAUCCGUAAACGUGCCCGUGAGCUGCUCACCCUCGAGGAGAAGGACCCCAACCGACUGUUUGAAGGUAACGCCCUGCUGCGCCGCCUGGUGCGUAUCGGCGUGCUGGAGGAGUCGCGCAUGAAGCUCGAUUUCGUGCUGGGCCUCAAGGUGGAGGACUUCCUGGAGCGUCGCCUUCAGACCCAGGUGUUCAAGCUCGGACUGGCCAAGUCGAUCCACCACGCGCGCGUGCUGAUCCGCCAGCGGCACAUCAGGGUGCGCAAGCAGGUGGUAAACGUGCCCUCGUUCGUGGUCCGUCUGGACUCCCAGAAGCACAUCGACUUCAGCCUGACCUCGCCGUUCGAGGGCGGCCGCCCGGGACGCGUCAAGAGGAAGAAGAUGAAGCGCGCGGCGGCCGGCGGCGGCGGCGGCGAUGAUGACGACGAGGAGUAACUGUGACGCGCUGAUGACGGUGACGGCAGUGCGGCUUCUCGGCAAUACACGGCGAUCUGUGUAA